CUAAAUUAUUUUUUAUUAACUAAAAAUAAGUUAAAUAUUUGCUUCAUUUAAAAAUAACUGUAAUAAAUCCAUUACAAGUUAAUGUCAAUAACAUUUUUUAUGAAAAAAUACCUUUUCCAAAAAAAAAUUCUUAGUGGAAAGAGCGGUAUUGUUUACAUUUUGCAAAUCUCUUUAAGGUCUGACUUAAUAGAAGACAGCUGGGUUUUCAUAUCUGCCUCUGUACUCAAUCUUUUGCAAACAAUAUAUCAUGUUGCCUUUGGAAAACUCUCCUGCACACUUGUGAGAGAAAAGAGGCGAUAACAUCUCAGUGUCACUAGGAAAAUGGUUUUGAUCUCAUGGACCCCCUGGAAGGGUCUUGGAUGUACUGACUCUUCCAAAAGAAAAGAAAACCCCCUCUUUGGAAAAGUGUCAGUUUCUCUGGUAUAAAUACUCCCACCGUGGCCAAUUUCAAGGUAUGACUUGACUCCACUAGUGGUGGAGUUGGGGAGACACAAUCCGUGCAAGCCGAUGUAAGUCAGCCCACUGCAGUCGAUGAAUCACACUCGAGAACCUGACACAGGAUGUUUCUGGAAGGACACACAGGAAAAGCCACAUGCUAGGCUCCCGGAGAGUAACCUGGUGCUGGGGGACAGUGGGCCUUUUAACCAAAUAUCCUUUUAUAUCUUUUGAAUUUUGUUUCAUGUACAUGUAUGAUCUAGUCCAAAAAAAGAUUUUAGACAUCUUCCCAUCUUCAGAUGAACUCUGAACAUGUAAAUUGACCUGUAAUUGUAAAUCUUUCCUGCUUUUCCAUUUCUUUGUGGUAUCUCUUAGAGUUCGUUCUUUCUCUGCAUCCGCGAAUGGUUCUGCCUCCCUUCCCCCUUGUCCUUCUUCACAGGCUUUCUUCCUCCCCCGAGCCAGGUGCAUGCUGCUGGUGGGGAGUCAGGCUCAGCCGGCUCCUCCGAGGUAGCCCCGCCAGUUACUGCAUUUAUGUAGUCAAUUUAAGCAACUCAUCCUUUGUAAUUUGAUAUUUGAGUGGCUAAAGUAUCUUCCUAUUUCUGAACAAGAUUACCCUCCCUUUUGUGCUUUUUGUAAACUGAAGGCUUUUCUGAUGACGUUCUGUCUUCCCUACCCGUGUGCCCUGCAUGGAAAAUUGAACAUUGUCCAUCUCACUCUGUAGAAGGAUAGACACCAGUAGGCAUUUUAAUGAAAUUAUAUCCACUCCUACAAGCUCUGCAACAUUUAAAACCUUUCCGUACCAAUGACAGGUCACUUUGCCUGUGGCUUCCUAGACUAUUUGGUUUAAAAAAAUUAUAUGUAACAAGCAUUUCCACUUAUUAGAUUGACCACUGGAGAUUUGUCCUAUUUGAGAGUUACCCUCCGAUAAGUCCCCAAUGUCUUAGAACCUGUGGUGUGUUAACUCGGGGGGCAGCCGGCUACGCGGGUCUCUGACUCACGUCCCCUUCAUUCGUUUGAGUCUUCCUUCGCCUUGGUCAGGUGUUUCUGAGAACAGGGAACCGCCACCCCUUGGGAAGAAGGCUGAUUUUCAAGGACAUGUGGAUGUAUAGACUGUCUCACGGUUUGAGAUUCGUGGUGAGAGGAAUAAGAGGGUUUUGAAAAGGAGAGAAUGUUAAAAUAAGAAAUUCUACCAAGUCCAGCAGGCACAGGAGAUUGUAAUCCCAGCAGCUUGGGUGGGCGGGAGCUGCGGUGGUUGCUAGCUCCUGAGGUUAUUAUGUAAAGGAAAGGAAUUUCUGUGGCAUGCUCCAUGUCCACCCAGGGUGAGCAAGCCAGUGACCUCGUCUGGACAGGUGACCAGGAAAUGGAGGGAGCCACGUGAUGCCCAUCCCCUUUCCACCCAGUCAUGACGCUGUUGGUGUACCGUCACCACGUCACCUCAGAUGCCGGGGAGUGACCCACACAUCCCUCUCAUAGAAACUUUUCUGUACCGUGGGAUGGAGUCUAUAAGCACGGAGGAGAGGGGAUUCUGGGUAGCUACGGGGAGACAAAGGGGGAUUUGGAUGCUGCUGCUGCUGCUGCUGCUGGACAGAAAUCCAAGGCUGGGACCUGUCCCCGUGUCAUCAGAAGAACCUUAACAGAAGAAUGAGGAUCCUGUUAUGUCCUCUCCCAGUGGCUGACGGGAGAUACACACAGACUUGGUUUGAAUCCCAGUUCUGUCACUUAACUAACAGCCGUGUGACACUGGGCAGGUUACUUGCCCUCCUUUUUGCCCUUCUAAUAGUUGAAUAUUUUAUUUCCAUAAUCAAAAUGAUAUCAAAAUAAUUUUUCCAGCUUCAUUGAGGUAUAAUGAACAAAUAAAACUUGUGUAUAUUUACGGUGUAUGCCCUCACUUUCUUUCCUGGUGAGAUUGGGAUUCAAGUCGCUCAGGAUGAGGGGGGCGCACACGAGGGGCCUGGUGCGGUGCGUGGGCUGCAGAUGUCCCUGAGGACCCUCCGCCCUCCCCACAGCAGGAGCCAGCUGCAGUGUUGGGCUUCCAGGCCUUGCACAUGGGACCUUCCCCAGCUUCCCGAUGAGUGUGACUUCCUUGCUGGCUGGGAGGGAAGGGGCCGCCAUACUGCAGUGCUAAUCUAGCAUCUGUCACUCGUCUAUAAAUGAACACGGAAAUGUUUUCUAAAGCAGAUGCACACGGGCCAUCUAGAAUGCCCAGGAAGCCAGCAGCCCCUUCCUCCCACCUCACCCCCGUGACCCUUCCCUGCCUCCCCUCCACACCCCGCCUUCUCCCACACCCGAGGCGGCUCAGGUGUGUGCUCUUCCACCAUCGUUUUCUGAUGAGAGGAUCACCAGGAGCUCAGAACUCAGGUGCUAAAUUGCCUGCUGUCGUGUCACAUGGUGGUUGUUCAGAAAAUCCCCUUCCUGCCCCUCAAGGCCCUCCCCACAGAGGCGACCCUGACACUUGCCCCAGGCCCCGCGCUGGUGGCCCGCGCCUGCCUUCUGGGCUCAGCGCUGCUCCAGAGAAAAGGACUGGCAGGUGUCGCAUCAGAUAGCAUCCGGUGCUGGGCAGCACUUGUGGUCCUGUCUCCUGUGUUUUCUCAUCGAGCCCUGUUUUCUUUUCUUCUGGGAGUCGCUCCUCCUUUUAAUAGUUUCCAUUUAGCCAGAGUCGUCGUGGGUUUCCCUUUUUUCCCCCAAAUAAGCCAUCUUCCAUCUCCUCUGUGUCUCACCUUUCCUCUCCCGAAUGUAGUUGUUUUCUGCACUGUCCCCUCUCCGCCAGCCCUUUCCCCAUUCCUCCUGUCUCUCCUGCUUCCCCGCCGCUGCCCUUGAUUCGAGGGAGUAGGGUAUGUGACCGCAUGGCAGGCUUUCCAAGGGCACUUGGCAAGCUCAGGGUGUCAGGGUGAAGCCUGAAGUGUUUCCGUGAGAGGCCCCCCGACUGGGCUGCAACCCAGGCAGCCUGAAUUCCUGCCUGCCGUCGGCUAACCUUCCUGUCCAAAAAGAAAGGAGUUAUCCCUGCCUGUCCCCCCCAGACGCCCAGGUCAUGUGACGUUAUCACACUCGAGGUUUAUUUCCUUGGAAUGCAGUGGCGAUUGUAUUUGCCAGCACUCACCUCUGGUAAAGUAGUUCUUGGACCCUGGAAGUUGCCUGAUUGUCUGUUUUCCCUCAGUAGCACCUUGUGUGUUCAGUUUUUCAGGUAAGAGAUAGUUUGGUAAGUAGAAAUUCAGUUUCAAAUAAAUCUUAAAUUUUCUUAUUCAUUCUUCUGGAAAUUAGUAAUAGAGGGAGGAAGAGAAUUGUGCCUGUCAUAAGGUUACUGUGACGCACUGAGAAUAGUGCACCACGUCAUAAGCACUCUAUGAGUGUGGCUACUGUUAGUGAAUUUUGAAGUUGUCGUGUGCAUGGAUCACCUUGACACACUCCCUCCCUUGCCCCCUCACUCCAUUCGUCCAUCUAAAACAAGGGCCCACACACUCUUCACAGCUGCUCGGUAAAAGGUUUACUGACCUGUGUAGAUAGCAUCGCUCUUCCUUAUAGAGAUGCUCCUUCGUCCUGCUCUCCCGAUCCUCGGCCAGAAUAGCACCUCAGUAUUUGCAGGCAGCUUAAUUCGUUAUGGGACCCACAGCCCCUCAAUGGCAACAGUACUGGCUGCCAUGUGUAUUCUUUUCCAGUGUUACUACCUCAUUUCUUGUUGUUAGUGCCGUUGUUGCUGUUGGUGCCAUCGAGCGGAUUCUGACUCCCCGCGACCCUGUGCACAGCAGAGUGGAACUCUGCCCGGUCUUUUUGUGCCAUCCUCUCACCUUCCAGCACUGUAUCAGACAAGGCUCUGCUGCUAUUCAUGGGGUUUUUAUGGCCAGUUUGUCAGAAGUGGGCGGCCGGUUCCUUCUUCCUGGUCUGUCUUAGUCUGGAAGCUCUACUGAAACCUGUCCACCAUGGGGGACCCUGCUGGUGUUUGAAAUCCCAGUGGCAUAGCUUUCAGCAUCACAGUAACGCUCAGAUGCCACAGUAUGACAACGACAGACAGGUGUUGUGGUUCCCUGGCCUAGGAAUGAACCUGGACGGCGGCAGUGAGAAUGCCAGCUCUUAACCACUAGACCCCCAGGGCUGCUUGUGUCUCAUUUAUACCUUAUAUAUUUAUGGGCACACUUAGGUAACUUGGAGAAUCUCAAAGACUUGCAACGGUGCUUUUAAUCAUGGUGUCUGUUCCAUUCCGGCUGGCGCAGUGGGAGUCAGGCUAGCUCUGCACCAGACCCUACAGCCCCCUCUCGUCAGCCCCAUUCCCUCGUCAAUAAAAAGAAGGGUUUGGACCAGAUUGUGUGGAGCUUGAGAGCUUUAAAAACUCACAGUGCCUCUUUCUUCUUGUUGCUUCUGAAGGCAGGGCUAGACCAGCACCAUCCAAUUAAAAAUGUAAUGCAAGCCACAUAGGUAAUUUCAAAUUUUCUAGUAGCCACAUUAAAAAAAGUGAAAUUAAUUUUGAUAAAGUAUUUUACUUAGCCCAGUAAAUCCUAAAUAUUAUCAUUUCAACAUGUAAUCAAUAUAAAAAAUUUUAAUGAGCUAUUUCACACUCUUUUUUGCCAUGCUAAGUCUGUGAAAUCCAGUGUGUAUUUUAUACUCACAGCACAUCUCCAUCUGGACUAGCCACAUUUUGGAGUCCUCGGUAGCCACGUGUGACUAGUGGCUGCCACAUGGACAGCACAGGUCUUUUUGGACCACCUGUGGUCCUAAGACCUCUGCUCGGGUCCAUGGGAUGCACAGCCUCCAUCCUUAGUCAGCCUUUUCCUUUUGUGGCUGGAAUUUAUGAAGCAGGGACCUCACAGAAGAUCAUCCGAACUGGGGUCUUUUGUAAGACUUGACUUUCUCGAGUAACUAUCCCCUCGCGCUGUCAGUGGCUCUCAACCCGUGUGUUAGGAUGCGUUCUGCGCGCACACAGUCUUGGAGAAGUGCUCCCCGCAGGCACUCAGAAGGCCUGGCUGCUUCGGAGCAACUGCAAACAAGAAUAAGAGGCUGCAGUUUUCCAGGAUGUGGCAGAGCAGCGUCCGCUGAACCUGCCGCCGCCCGGAGCCUGGGUUGGGAGGGUUGGGGACAUUCUCCUGGGCACGGCAAGUUCAGUCAAACAAGCAGUAAAUCGCGACUUUGUCUUUGUCUUUUCCUUUAGUGAAAUAGAAGAUGAACGCAACUGAAUUCAGUGAAGAUGUAGAAGAAGUUCUAAAAAAUAACACUGUGAAAGUGGAGACAGAGGCCGAAGAUGCUGCCCUGGACUGCUCAGUGAACUCCAGGUCUGCCGAGAAGCACCCUCUGGACAGCGUCUUCACUGCCCUCCAGGACUCCAGCAAGCGCAAGCAGCCGGGCAGCGAUGGCCAGCCCGACUCCGUCCCCAGCGUGAAGAGGCGGCGGCUGAUUCCCGAGGCGCUCCUGGCAGGCAUGCGGAACCGGGAGAACAGCUCGCCCUGCCAGGGCAAUGGGGAGCAGGCCGGCAGGGGCAAGAACUCGGGCUCCGUGUGGCCAGGUGAGGAGGAGCCCUGCAACGACGUGACCACCCCCUCCUACAAGAAGCCUCUGUAUGGCAUCUCACACAAGAUCAUGGAGAAGAAGAACCCUCCCAUGGGGGAUGCACUCAACACCUACGAGCUCUUCGAGAAGGCCAGCGCGGGCAACAGCCCCUCACCGCUGCGGCUCCUGAACGAGCCACAGAAGCGGGACUGCGGCAGUGCCACAGCGGCCACCGACGGGGACCCCAACAUCUACUUUCUGAUCCAGAAGAUGUUCUACAUGCUCAACACACUCUCCUCCAACAUGUCGCAGCUGCACAGCAAGGUGGACCUGCUCUCCCUGGAGGUGAGCCGCAUCAAGAAGCAGGUGAGCCCCACGGAGAUGGUGGCCAAGUUCCAGCCGCCCCCCGAGUACCAGCUCACGGCGGCCGAGCUCAAGCAGAUCGUGGACCAGAGCCUGUCGGGCGGGGACCUGGCCUGCCGCCUGCUGGUGCAGCUUUUCCCCGAGCUCUUCAGCGACGUGGACUUCUCCCGCGGCUGCAGUGCCUGCGGCUUCGCUGCCAAGCGGAAGCUGGAGUCGCUGCACCUGCAGCUCAUCCGCAAUUACGUGGAGGUCUACUACCCGUCGGUGAAGGACACGGCCGUGUGGCAGGCCGAGUGCCUGCCGCAGCUCAACGACUUCUUCAGCCGCUUCUGGGCCCAGCGGGAAAUGGAGGACAGCCAGCCGGGCGGCCAGGUCGCCAGCUUCUUUGAGCCGGAGCAGGUGGAUGCCGGCCACUUCCUGGACAACAAGGACCAGGAGGAGGCCCUGUCUCUGGACCGGAGCAGCACCAUCGCCUCGGAUCACGUGGUGGACACGCAGGACCUCACGGAGUUGCUGGAUGAGGCCUCGUCGCCUGGCGAGUUCGCCGUCUUCCUUCUCCACCGGCUCUUCCCCGAGCUCUUCGACCACCGGAAGCUGGGCGAGCAGUACAGCUGCUACGGGGAUGGCGGCAAGCAGGAGCUGGACCCGCAGAGGCUGCAGAUCAUCCGCAACUACACGGAGAUCUACUUCCCCGACAUGCAGGAAGAGGAGGCCUGGCUGCAGCAGUGCGCCCAGCGCAUCAACGACGAGCUCGAGGGCCUGGGGCUGGACGCGGGCAGUGAGGGUGAGCCACCGCGGGACGACUGCUACGACUCCUCCAGCCUGCCCGACGACAUCUCCGUGGUCAAAGUGGAGGACAGCUUCGAGGGCGAGCGGCCCGGCCGGCGGUCCAAGAAGAUCUGGCUGGUGCCCAUCGACUUCGAGAAGCUGGAGAUCCCGCAGCCUGACUUCGAGGUGCCAGGCGCCGACUGCCUACUCAGCAAGGAGCAGCUGCGCAGCAUCUACGAGAGCAGCCUGUCCAUCGGCAACUUCGCCUCGCGCCUGCUGGUGCACCUCUUCCCCGAGCUCUUCACCCACGAGAACCUGCGCAAGCAGUACAACUGCAGCGGCUCCCUGGGCAAGAAGCAACUGGACCCGUCCCGCAUCAAGCUCAUCCGCCACUACGUGCAGCUGCUCUACCCCCGGGCCAAAAACGACCGUGUCUGGACCCUGGAGUUUGUGGGCAAACUGGACGAGCGCUGCCGGCGCAGGGACACGGAGCAGAGGCGCUCCUACCAGCAGCAGCGCAAGGUCCACGUGCCCGGCCCCGAGUGCAGGGACCUGGCGAGCUAUGCAAUCAACCCCGAGAGGUUCCGAGAGGAAUUUGAGGGCCCCCCGCUGCCUCCCGAGAGAAGCAGCAAGGACUUCUGCAAGAUCCCCCUGGACGAGCUGGUGGUCCCCUCGCCCGACUUCCCGGUGCCUUCGCUUUACCUGCUGUCAGACAAGGAGGUGCGCGAGAUCGUGCAGCAGAGCCUCUCCGUGGGCAACUUCGCCGCCCGGCUGCUUGUGCGGCUCUUCCCGGAACUCUUCACCGCCGAGAACCUCCGGCUGCAGUACAACCACUCCGGGGCCUGCAACAAGAAGCAGCUGGACCCCACGCGCCUGAGGCUCAUCCGCCAUUAUGUGGAAGCCGUCUACCCCGUGGAGAAGAUGGAGGAGGUGUGGCACUACGAAUGUAUCCCCAGCAUCGACGAGCGGUGCCGCCGCCCCAACAGGAAGAAAUGCGACAUCCUGAAGAAAGCCAAGAAAGUGGAGAAGUGAUGGGCAACCUGCGGACCGAGCGUUUCUUUUGGAGCACGCGUAUGGUACCCAUAGACCCGCACCUUAUGUCAUUGGGGAGUGGCUUACUGCAUUUGCACACGUACACACCCACCCAACCACAAGAAAGAAGCCUUGCGUUUUUGGUCUCUUGUACUUAGGACUUCUGUCCUGUGUUCCCUGGUGGUGCAGAGUGUGGGGAGAGCCGAGCUGUGAGAACAGAGAGGCUUCAGAGUGGGGCACGCUCUCCCUGGCUGUGUCCUCCCUGACCCUCGCAAUUUGAAAUGCAAACCCAGCAACUCUCUUGUUCCUCUUCCCACAUUUUACAUCUUCCAUUUUUAUCAAUUUUUUUUAAUUAAAAAGAAACCCUUUUUAAAAAAAUCAUUGGGCUCUUUGGGGGCCAUUUUACUUAGAGAAAAAAUCUUUUAAAUAUUUGAGAUGAAGUACUGUAAGAUGACUUCAGUUGCUAGGAUUUUUUUUUUAAAGAUGGUUUCAGAUUUAUGAAAUUUUUAGAAGUGCCAUGUUCAUGCAUGAUGGCUAAUAAGAGCUUCAGGUGGUAGAGAGACCGAUUUUACCAAUCUUGUCUUUUACAUCUGAUUUUAGAAAAGUCAAGAUGCCCCUUGGAUGGCAGUAGAGGGGAUGGAAUAGUGAUGUCCUUUCUGACCAUGGUCGCAUUCUCCCUUCCACUGUGGUGCCAAGGAGGGGGUGUGUGUGCGGCCUGGUCUGUUCGUCAUUGCUGCGUCGGUAGAAUGUUGUGCGCACUCUCUGUAGAUGAGAACACUGGAUGAUGAUGAUGAUGAUGAUAAUGAUGAUGAUAUGAAUGUAGAUAGACGUGGAAACACGUUCACAGUGUCUUCAUCUGAGCUGUGUCCUUCCACUGCCCCCUUCCCUUGCCACACCAGAAUGCUGGUUGGAGCAGCAGACACGUUUCCUUGGAAAACAGUGUGUGGCUAUUUGGCUUGUUUGAUUUAAGGAUGGGCCCCUUUGGGCUUACCAAGAACUGUUUACUUCCCGUGUGUGUAUUUGUACAAAACCCAGGUUCUGGGAGCUGUAUGGUGACUUCACCACACCUCAGUGUUAGCUCUUCCAGUCAGGACACAUCCUUGUUCCUCAGGGCAGGCCUAGGCCUCAGGCCCUCUUGGGGACACCUGGUAUUGGAAGGGCACAGGUCAUUUCAUAUGGGGUCCCCAUAUGCCUUCCCAGGGUCCACGCAGAGUUUUCCCCUCAGACCCCCUAGAAGGUCCUGCUGUCCUACAUCUGGCUGGCCCCUUGGCCUCAGGUUGAGACAUCUUGUCUCUCCCCGCUGGUUGGGAAGUUCGCACUGCUCCAGGCCAGCGGCGUGCUCUCCGGGAGUUCCAAACAGGGACUUCCCCAAUAGGUAAAGUCCUUAAAAAGAAUACUUUUACCUGCCUGAUUCUGGGGGCCAAAUGCCUAAGAGGGAAAGGAAACAGUCCAACCCAAACUGAAUACCUACCAGACACCUAGAACAUGGACUGGCCCACGCACGGCAGUCAGGGAGCCCUGGGAACGCUACAGUUAGUGACCUAAUGGCUUCAUCGUUUGCUACCUUAAAAUGCAGGAAUAGAAACAAUCUGUGAAUUUUCUUUAUACAGCUGAUGAGGACUUCAGUGCCAGGGCUGUGUGACAUCAUUUUGCCUGCACCUAGUGGGCAUUUUUUUUUUAAUGGCAGGAUUUUGAGCAAUGUAAAGUUGCUGGUCUGACUUUAGUAAGUUUGCUUUUAAAUGUCAUUUACAGAUUAUUUCUCUUAAAACUGAAGACCUAAAUUAUUGAAAUUUAGAAAUGCACAGAGACUUAAUGAUGCGCUCUCAUCCACUUACAUGUGCACACACAUUUCUUACUAAAACACUGAAGUGAGAGGAAGGGGACCUACAUGAAUAACACCUGCAACCUCUGUGCCUGGAAAGAAGGGACUGGAGCAGCCAGGAGACUCACUUUUCCCCCUCACUUGGGCCUUUCUCUAUGCCUUAGUCUCUCCAACACACAGAUGCACGCACGCACACACACAUGCACACACACGCCCUACCCAAAGAUGGCGGUGGUACUCGCCUGCUGGCCCUGCUGCUUGGCGGAUGCCCUGGAAUUUGUUCUGGUCUCCAGGAUGUAGCCAAGAGGAUUCCAAGCCAUGUGAAAAUUGCCCUGCUUUCUAGAGGGUGGAAUGUGACCCUGCAAUGUCAGAAGCACAAUCAUGUAUUAAUAAUAAAAAUAUUCUGUCUACCCACAUUGCAGAAAUCAACAAGUUCUAGGUUCUGGAAAUGAAAUAUGUCUCUUUAUAACCUAGAGCAUGUUCAAGUUUUAGAAACCACACUUUGGUGGUUUCCUUCAUACCUUUCCUGGGUAGGGCUUCUUCCCCCCAAAUCUUAGAACCCCUUUCAUGAAGAGAGGUGGACACACUUUGAGAGCUGUUUCCUGUCCCUCCAGACUGUCUCACCAGGAAACGCCUGCAGGUCCUGUGUCUGUCUGUAUGGUGUCCUCAUUUCUCCAGCAAUCCCGGUGGGCUCCAGGGGCGAUUUUUUACAUGAAGCAAUAGAAGUACAAAAUACUUAUUUUUUUCAAAAUUUAAUGUUUUCCAUGAAAUCUGUUGGCAAACCCUUUCCCUGUCCCCAUCUAAAUUUUUGGUUUUCACUUGUUUGUUUUUUGGAUUUGUCUUGUUUCACCUUUUAUCCAGAAGACUGAAGAAUUAGCACAGACACGUUCUAAUGUCAAGUAAAAUAGCAAGUCACAAUAGGUGGUAGUGUCCCUCGUUUUCUCUGUUAGUAAGUUUUAAAGAAUGUAUGAAGAUAGUCAUGAAUGUACUAGAUGUUCUAAUCCUGCUUCAGUUCACUUUGGCUGUGUCUACAUGACAACAAACGUCUGACAGGGAAUAAAGUCAUGUCUAGUGUCAUGGAUGUUAGUGUGUCCCUCCCCUUCAGUGUUGGCCCCAAAACUUCCUUUCUCUUUUUAAGUUUGGGAGGAGGGGGUACCACAUCAGCAGCAAUCAUCAACCAACCAAUGGGAUCUACAUAGUGGUAAGUGGAUUAGCUGUUUAAAUGGUAGGAGUUGCUGGCCUGUCCACACCACGGCAUGGCCCUUGGGUUCCUGUAGAGAUGGCCUCCGUUUCCACCUUUUCCCUGAAUCUUUGCUUCCUGCCUGGUUGAGAGGGGUGUCUCAGACCCCUGACUGGAGGUCACUGAGCUCUCACCCUGCCUGGCCAUGUGGAUAGACGAUAUGAAGUAGUGGUGGUGCCGAGGGGCUGUUCCUGCCAUUCGAAAUACUUGCCUCAAGUAGAUCCAGCCUUAAUGAUUUUCUGACAUCCUAGUGAUAGCAGACCCUGCACAAAGUGGAUAUCAGAGUUAAUACUGUGAGGAGACAAAAUAAUAAAGAUAGUUUUACCAAAGAUGAUGAAAUAUUGCAUAAUGUCUGCAUUUUACCAUUGAUUUGAGUGCAUCCUUAGAAAACUGAAUGUAACAAAAACCCAGGACAUUUUUUGGAAAUUGUAUGCUCUGUAGCAACUUUGUGUGAAUUUUUAUACAAGCACUGUUUUAUGAGUUAUAUAAAAUGUUAUAAAAAUAGAAAAAACA